AUGCGUUGGCGCGAGUCGUGCCGAGAGAGGGCAGGAGAAGGGCUGUACCAGUGCUCAGCUACCAGUGCUCAGCUGUACAGCGAGUUUCACGACGAGAGUUCACGAAUCCCUUCCUCUUUGUGUCGUUAUGUGAGCGAAGAGUGCGCCGAAAGAGCUGUUCCCACAACGAGUGCCUCAAUGUCUGUGCCGUCGUAUGCUGUGGUGGACGACGAGUCGCCCGUCUGUCGCAUCUGUCACUGCAAUGACGACAACGAGUUCGUGAGCGUCGACGACGACGCGACGACUGGCCGGCCGUCCACUCCCACCACGACUCUCAUCACUCCGUGCUUCUGCUCGGGAUCGCUGCGCUUCGUCCACCACUACUGUCUGCAGCAAUGGAUCCGUUCCUCGAACCACAAGUACUGCGAGUUAUGUAAAUUCCACUUCAAAUUGACCGUCAAAUCCAAGCCUCUCCUCAAAUGGCAGUCUCUGGACAUGACUUCCGGCGAGCGGCGGAAACUGGUCUGCAAUCUCGUCUUUAACGUCAUUUCCAUGUUUUGCGUCUUUUGGUCCAUUUAUGUGCUCAUCGAAAGGGCGACAGUGGAGGCGCGCUAUGGACUGCUCGACUGGCCCUUCUGGACCAAGAUGCUGGUCGUGACGAUCGGACUGUUGGGCGGAACCGUUUUCCUCUUCGUUCAGUUACGGCUUUACGUCUCGAUUCUCUUGCGUUGGCGACAAUUCAACCGCAUUUUCCUCAUCGAGAACGCGCCGCACACGCCGGCGCUCAACCAACCGACCAUCGCCACCAUCGCCGCGCACGUGACCACCAAAUGAGCGCCAAUUCUAAUGCUAGUCAAUGGACUGAAAGCCGUUUUUGUGAUCUGAAAGAAAACCCAUUCCUAAGACUUUUCUCUCAUUUUUUCUAUUUAUUUAUUUAUGGUUUUAAUCAUAUUUUACCGCAAAUUAAAUGUAUUAAAGAUUAUAUGAAUUUUAAUGCAAUAAUAUUUGAGCG